AUGGCCGAGCGAACCAUCCCUAUUGCUGUGAACCUGCUGAGCGGUGAGCACGUUUGCGACGUCCAGGCUGCAUCGACGUGGACCGUGCGCGGUAUCAAAGAAGCCAUUGAUCGAAAGUUGGAUGGGACCGGCACCUCGCCAUUGACCCGGCGAGCCGUCAAGAUGAACCUCUGCAUCAAGGGGCAGCUGUUCCCGGACCGUGCCCUGCUCGGCGACGUGGUCGGAGCAAGCGAUGGCGCGGAUGUCUUGCAGACGACUCUCGUGGCGAGCGGAAAGUACGACGGCACCUUCAAGGCCGAUGUCCCGCAUAACGGGUCGAUUCUGUUUCAGAUUUCGAGCUCUUCGGUGCAGGUGCUCCACGGCGAUUACCCAGAGGAGGCUUCGGAGAUCCGGUGGGACCAUGUUGGCUCAAAGAAGUGUAGCUUCACCGUGUUCAAGAGGGGCACUUCGCAGUGGGCACAGAUCAAAACGCACGAGAAGCACACGGAUGAGGAGGGGCUCCGGGAGACUUUCGACAUUGAGUUCCUGGGUGAUGAGAAAAGAUGUGGCUUCAUUGGCAAGUUUCAGCGCAGCUAUGAAGGUCCGUUGGGCAUCACAAAGGGCACCUGCAUCGACGAAUGA